ACAAAAACAGGUAGCUGUAUGUAUGCAGUUGCAAUGUCAAACGACGCAACUGCAGACUCCCCGGAGAGUGACGCCAGCAUCACCAUGAAUUUCGACGACACUGAACUCACUUUGGGUUUACCUGGCGAGGGUCGUUCCCCGGCCGGAGGAAAGAGCUACGCAAAACGAGGAUUCAUCGAGACCGUUGAUCUUAACCUGGGAAGCUCCCGCGGCAACGCGAAUACCCAUGUAAGCAAUAACUCUGAAAGUCAAAACGGAAAACUACCGGCUGCCAAAGCACAAGUUACUGGUUGGCCGCCAGUCCGAUCAUUCAGAAAGAAGGAGUUAGAGAGGUCGAGUAAGCUUGUAAAGGUGGCGGUUGAUGGAGCACCGUAUCUGCGGAAAGUUGACCUGGAGAUAUACAGUAGCUAUGAAGAGCUACUGAAGACUUUAGAGAAGAUGCUUACCUGCUUCACCCUGCAAGGUAAUGAUAGGAAUAAGGUAGGAGGUCGAGUUGCAAUGGAAUAUGUGGCAACAUAUGAAGACAAGGAGGGCGACUGGAUGUUAGUUGGAGAUGUUCCUUGGAAAAUGUUCAUGGAGUCAUGCAAUCGUAUCAGAUUAAUGAAGAGCUCGGAGGCUAUGGGGUUAGCUACAGGGACUCCAACAAAUUCCUGCAUCUCAAUUAGAAAAUUGAAACAAAAUAUUAAGAGGAUCCAAGGAGUAUGAUAGUAAUCAGUAUCAUGUACAGUAAUGGAUAUAUAUCCCUGUUUUUCUGGCUGAGGGAGAUGAAAAUAAGAGAGAAAUCUGGGUUGAAUUUUCCUUUUUCAUUUUCUGUUGAUGGUGUGGAGAAGGAAGCCCACUUGAAAUCAUUGUUUGUCUAGUAAAAGUGUGCUUCAAUAAUCA